AAAAUAAAUUUCCCAAUUUUUGUGACAGUGAUGUCGAAAUCUAUUUUAAUUUAAACGUGACUUAAUUCAUUAGUAACUUGUGCAAAUUAACAUGGGGCUUUUUGGUAAAAGCAACGAACGGUCACCAAAAGAUAUGGUUAAUGACUGGACUCAUAAAUUGAGAAAAGAAGGCUAUGUCAUUGAAAGGCAGAUUAAAGCCAUACAGAGGGAGGAAGAGAAGACAAAACGAAUGAUAAAAGAUUCAGCAAAGAAGGGAGAGAAAUCAUCAUGUAAAAUAUUAGCUAAAGAAAUUGUGAAAUCCAGGAAAGUUGUAAAUAGAUUAUAUACGUCCAAAGCUCAGCUUAACUCAGUUCAAAUGGGAAUGAAAAAUCAAUUAGCCACAUUAAGAAUAGCAGGUGCCCUUCAACAGAGUUCUGAAGUCAUGAAGAGUAUGCAAUCAUUAGUUAAAGUGCCAGAAAUCACAGCCACAAUGAGAGAAAUGUCCAAAGAAAUGAUGAAGGCAGGCAUAAUAGAAGAAAUGCUUGAAGAUACAAUGGAAAGUUUGGAUGAUCAAGAUGAUUUAGAAGAAGAAGCUGAAGAGGAAGUAGAUAAAGUUCUAUUUGAUAUCACAGCAGGUGAACUAGGAAAGGCUCCAGUUCCUGUAGAUGAUUCUUUACCUGUAGUAGAAGGUGCCUCAGCUCUGCCUCAAGAAGAAGAUGAUGGAGAUAUGGAGGAUAUGAAAGCCAGACUAGAGGCUUUGAGGAGUUAAUCUGACAAAGGAUGAAGUCUCAUUCAGCUCAUAGACAAUCAUAUUUAUAUUUAACCAUGCCUUGUAACAAAACCAAACCUAGCUUGACAAAUCUGGCCCUACCUAGUUACACAGACGUCUAAAGUCACUUUUUUUUUUUAUGGCAGAUAACAACUGUACAAAGCUGAACCGUUAAUGAAAUUAUCAAGACAUUACCAGAUAUUCUACAAUGCCCCUUUGCCCCGCAUAGUACAAUGAUACUAUGAGAAAGGUAGACACAUCACCACGUGUUGUCCUCAAUUAUAUUGUUCAAAAAAGUUCAUGUGAUCCACAUUCUUGCAUAAAUAAAACUUGUACAUUUGUACAAGGGAAGACUAUACCCCUGGUUUGUAUUGUGAUUAAUGUUGGGCAUCAUAGACAAUCUAGUAAUGUCCUGAUAUUUAAUUAUCUAUAGUAUUACAUUGUUUGUAAAACCAUGAUAGCUUGUUACAAUUG